AGCAGUGCGGCUGUGGAGCUCCGGUCCACUAGGGGGCAGCAGGCCUCAGGAGCGGCAGCUCACUCGCAGAGGAAGGGGUGUGGGCGUGGCUUAGCUGAGACUGCAGCGCCACUUUUGAGCGGUCGAGACGUCAACAACAAUAACAUACUGUAAAAGUUAAAAGAUAACCAAAAAGGGAGGAUCGCAGAGCACUGCCACGGCGCCAGAGUUCACUCUAUGUGUAGAAGAUCAAAGAUGGUCCAAGACAGUGCUCAGAUUCGUCGGCAGGGUGCUCAGGACUUCAUGGCGUAUUAUGAGUAUGCUUGUGCAAGGCAGGAAUCAGUCCCUCUCCCUGCCAUUAAGGUAAACCUCGACAAAGGGAUGCUGGACUUCAAUGGAGACAGACUCAAACUCGCAGACUGGCCACCUGUUCUCAACUCUAUAUCCAUCAAUAAGCACCUUACCCACAUCGCAAUCAGUAGCACAUACCAAGCCAAUCUGGGUUCUGGCGAUACAGAUAGAAGGUACUUUAAGACUACUUUCAAGAAGAAGAUCCCCGUUAUUCGCUGUAAGGACAUGACAUUCAAGUUGUGCAAGGCCCUGAGGGAGUGUCUGACCAUCUCACCCAAACUCAAGACCCUCCAUCUUCAUGGUCUUCCACUAAGAGAGAGGGACCUCAUCACACUGACAAAGGGUUUGGCAAAAACCACUUCCUUGGAAAAUCUGUCUUUGGCGAACUGUCCAGUCUCUGAUGAGGGCUUGGAGGUCAUCUGCCAAAGUGUCAAGUACUCUACAAACAUCAGAGUAGUGGAUUUUACUGGAUGCAGUCUAACUUGGAGGGGAGCGGAGCAUAUGGCCAACAUCAUCAAGCAUCAAGCGCUGCAGAGACACGGUACUGCAUGGGCAGAGUCUCUGAGAUACCGAAGGCCUCAGUUUGAGGGGAUGGGAGGGCUCCGCCGUGUCACGCUGAACGCCAACAGUCUGAUUGGUGACCGUGGUGCCUCUGCUCUCGCCUGUGAACUGGCGGAAGACCUCUGGGUUAAAGCUGUGGAUCUGCAGAGGUGUGGCCUGUCCAAUGAAGGAGCUCGCCGUUUGCUGGAGGCCUUAAAAACUAAUUCCUCACUGUGUGUGUUGGAUAUUCGGAAUAAUCCUUUAGUUGACAAAGUCCUAAUCAAAACUAUUUUAGAGAAAGUCCUGAUGAAUCCUGACGGUCAGUCCUCAGAGUACUGCUGGAUCAAGCCUCCAAGUGCAGAGCCGCAGAAAGCUUCCGGUCCAAAGAGGAGAGCUCCGUCCAGUACAGCAAGAGGAGCAGCUACAUUUAGGAUCGCCCCUCAUAAAAGGCCGCCUCCUCCUGGAAGACGGGAUGCUGGUGCUGCUCACAGGCAGAAGCCAGGUUCCUCCUGUUCUUAUGUGCCAUGGCGUGCCGCCGCACGAGCUGGACGCCAGCGAGGUCUACCUCCUGGAGUGAGUGUGAGAGAUCAAAGCUUCCAGGCUGCAGCAUCUGUGAAGGUUACUGUAGAGUCAGAGUCAGAAGAAGAGGAGGAGGAUGAAGAGGCAGAGGUCGUGGUGGAAGUGGAGCAGAGACCACCUUCCUUUGAUGUCCAGGACAGACUCACCGGGCAGCAGUGUGAACUCCUGCAGAUGGAGCUAAAGGAGUGUCGGCUGAGACUGGCAGAGGAGCGCAGGGCUCGGCUGAAAGCUGAGUCCAGGCUCAUGGAGUUUGAAUUGGAGAAUGCCCGGCUUCGUGACGCCAAUACCUCCCUGUCGGAGGCGCUCGCCGCCACAGGCUCCACAUCGGCACCAGCAGCCCUGGAAGAUGAGGCUGUCCUGCAGAGCAUUGAGAACUCCUUCACAAAGUUCCACGCCUUUCUGGAUCUCCUCCGGGACGCUGGUUUCGGACAGCUUGCCUCGAUGGCUGGAAUUGAUCAUUUUGACUUCCGGCCUCUGGGAAGACCUCAGCUCUCCUCCACACUCGGAGCUCACUCAGACGGCGCAUCGCUGGUGAAAGAGGAGUGUGGAGACGUUCAUGCAAAGACUCAUGAUGUGCCUUUGAAAGUCAGUGAUCUACCUGCACCCUCUAUUGGAGCAUCUACCAAUGAAGACAGAUUAAAAAAUCUGACCUACACUCAGGCUUCAGGAUCUGUAGCAGAACCUGGUGUAGGUGGAGGAGAAGAACCAGACCAUUAUAUAAAGCCUUAUACAAGGCACGACUCAGGGUCUGAACACAGCGUCCACAGCCAGAUGUCAUUUGGCAAAACCUCCAAAACUCGGCGAAGUCAUUCCAGAAGCAACAGCGACUCCCACAGAAGCAACGGGUCCUAUGAAAACAUCCAUUCCUACAGACGUCCCUCCCGCGGCAGCUCGUCUGUUAGUGGCAGUGACAUAAUAAGCGACAAGGCAGAGUCCGUGGGCUCAGCGGGGUCGUGGAGCAGGGGAAAAGAGAGGUCAGCGACGGUCGGAGAACCGUCGCAGAGCAAAAACACACAGGGGCAGGUCGAUCUGGAGCACUUCAGCGCUCUGACAGUUCAGUCCGAUGACGACUCUUUCUGACCUCAGAAAUAACAGAAGCCCCGGGACUCUGUGCCUGUUCUUAGUUCUGUUACGUGUUCACAUUUUUGAUCAUUUCUUACAUUUUUUUAAAGCCAAGACAUGGAAAAUAUCUUUAGAUUCUCGAUCGUCACGGUUCCAAUAAAGUAAAUUUAAUGUAUCAGUUUCCAUCUGUGAAGUGUGAUGGCAGGUGUUAGUUUUCCAAACUAUUUUCAGCUUAAUCCUCUUUCAAGUUUAUUCUGCAGAUCAUAUUUUUACAAACAUAGACCUAAUGCAUGGAGAAGCAUCACGAUGUUUGCUGUAAAGUGAUGAUCUCAAUGCUGUUUCUUGUGAAUUGGAAGUCCUUUGUGGUUUUUCUAAUGCAAUUUCUUUGUUUUGAGAAGUAAAAAAAAAAAAAGGUGUGAUUUUUUUUUUUUUUUUUUACAUUUUUUUAGUAGCA